CUCGUGUUUUUUUAUAGACAACUUUUGCACAUAUAGAACUUAACAUAUAGAAAUGUCGCAUAAUAAAUAUAGCUUUAAUUAUUGUAUUGUGAAAAAAGAGCAAAUUAUAAUUUGAUUUGCAAUGCUCGAUAAUUAUAUUGUCAAUCGAACAGCCUAUGCAGCAAGUGCGUUAGGAAUCCGAAGAUCUUGAUUGUACAGAGCAUCCCGUAACGGAGGUGCUCGUUAUCAUUACCGCAAUGACAAUCCGUACAAUCGUAACGGUGGCAAUGAUCUUGCCAAGGCUACGAGAUCAGGCACGCGGGUAGAUGAUAAUGAUAAUGAUAACGAGAGGGAUCGCUUAUGCUUGCGCAGACGACUCUCGAAAAUGUCAGACUGAUAAAAAAAAUAUGUUUUAAUUGCGCGAUUGAGCAAUAAUAGAAUAAUUAUACAAUGAUUAUAAACUUCAAAGUCUGUUCAAAUAUUUCAAACAUAACAAGCGAUACAAAGUAAAAAUGUGAUUGAUAAUAAGAUGAUAAGAUGAGUACGGCGACAUGUUAUAUGCGUCUAGAAAUGUCGCACAGUGGCUGAUGUACAGCUUGUUAAAGUUUAGUCUUUGCGAUAAUGCACGCGAUAUAUUAUAUCACUACCGGAUGUUCUCUUACCAUCAGUUGUUGGCGUUAGAAAUACUAAGAGAUCUAAACUAAGAGAAUUGGCGAUCAUUUCAAUGCCAAGGCAGCUAUUGGAGCGAUUUAACAAUUAUAUUAGACAAUUUAUAAUUACAUGUUUAAUCGUCUCUAACUAUACACACAUUUACAUGUUAGUUAAUGAACAAAGUGUCUUUAUAAUGUAAAUCCUAGUGUCUGUUUUUUGAUCAGUUUCCGAUGUAGUUAUUUAAGAUAUUUUCUUAUUAUCUCUUUACUAUAAAAUACGUCAUUUUUACAGUAGGACUCUUAUUAACAAAAAAUAUUACUCGUCUGGAGACCGUUUAAGUUUACAAUGUCGCGAGGGCGUUCAAUUACCAAUGACAGUCGCCGACGGUGCGACGCGACGGUGUUAGUGUAGACAGGCAUGAUUACUCGCGUGCAAUCGCGCCGAUGCGAUAUAACUCGAGCGCGACAACUGUUCUGAUAUGAGAACUCGAGACUAACCAUCAACUGCGGGACAAUCUAACCAUCAGUCUUAAACGGAAUAUAUUUAUUGACUGGGCCGAGAGUGCAAAGCCGUGCCGGUGACAUCAGCAUCCGCUUUCCUCGCCGUUGCGUCUCAUCGUCGAACCUUGCUUUUCAUGAUUAUUUGCUUGAUAACACUUGUUGGAGUUCCAACUUGCGAUCAAAUCGAAUAAUGUAAUCGUGGUGAGUUCAAUCGCCGAUGUUAAAAUGCGGAUGCUACGGAAUCUCGCUUGAAUUGUAAUUAACGUCAAUUAGAGGUACUCAGAAACUGGUUAAUUACGAAAGCUAAACUAAUCAGAGCUAACGGACACAUAUGAUUACAAUUCUUGUGAUAUGUGAUCGCGGCUGUUGUGCCUGUUUAUUGAAAAUAGAAUUAUAUACAUCUUCCCGCACAGAACUAGAAUUCCAUUAGAUGUCCAUUAGACGUCAACACAACUCCAUGAGAUAUCUAAUGGUUUUGUUUUGUGUGGGUUUAGAAUUGAAAUGUCAGAAAUAUUCUUUACUAUACUUAAAAGUUCGAUGUGUAAUUGUUUAGUUCUCAUAUUUUUGUAGAAAUUAUGCAGAUUUUAUCUUUUUUAUUAUUCUGUGCAAGUUUUGUCUCAAGUAAUAGCUAAGAUUGCAAGUUUCGCAGAAUAAUUGGCAAAAAAAAGUUACAAAAUAAAUUUGCUGUGACUCACAUCGAAUCAGCGCGGAUUUUAUAUAUUAAAAGAGAGAGAUAUGCACAUACACACACAUCCAAAAAACAUUCAACUUGCGCGCUUCCGUAAAAGUCGGUCAGAUGCAGAAUGCCGAAUAAUCCGUCAGUCACUCUCGUUUCUCGCUGAGGAUCGAUCAGUAAUUGUCAGAGAAAGCUCAUUACUAUAUAUAUAUAUAUCCGCAGAUCUAUUUUUAAUAUCUCGCUACGUGAGAGACGAGAAAUAGCUUUUUCAACAGAAAGCGGGAUAUAACCGCGACCGGCUUUUGCUGAUCGCGCUCUUCGUUUGAUUGCCGCGCAGAUAAAGGAAGGUCGAUAAACGUUACGGGAAAGCCUCUCUGUAGCCUCGCGUCGCGGAGAACUUUAGCCGACUCUUCAGAGUGGAGGGUGAUUGCGAGUAUUGGCGCCUGCGCCCGAGAAGAAACCCACCACCCUCCGUUAUCGCCAUGUCAGGAUACAGGCCGGCAGUUCCAUCUCGAGCGAAUGUGCAGCCAAGUCGGCAGCGAUUCCUCUUUGGCAACUCGGUUUGCGGUUGUCGCAGUUACACGAAUCAGGCACGCAAGCAGGUGCGUCGCCAGACCGCCGACAAAUAUGCGGAAAGCGUGGUCGAUGGACGUUUGAAGAAGAAGAUGCAGCUUCGAUCGGCUUCGAGCGGGACGGAAAUCCAGUCGCGUCCUCGCCGCGUUGUCGCGCGUAGUCUUCGUCAUCGUCGUCGUCGUCGUCGUCAUCGUCUUGAAGACAAGUCUAACAACUGUCGCUCUUCUCUGUUCUGCGAAUCGGUCCCACGGGGCCCGGAAUACGACGAUGUCGCAGCUGCUGCUCGAGCGCCGAGGAAUGCUCGCGAUGUUGUCCCAUCAGCACCGAGCGUUCUACUGCUACGUAAUUCUGAGCGUAUGGAUCUUCCUGCUGGUCGCUGGUAUGUACAAAUAUAUCGGCGUAGAUGAGAGAACUUCUAUACAAACGAGAAUCUUAAAUAAUGAUUUGUCACUUCGAGAAUUUCCAAGAAAUUUAAAGUCUGACGCAAAGACAAAGAAGAUCUUUCGGUUUUGUAAUUUGCCGCACGAGAUAACCGCAGAAGCCGAAGGAAAAGUCGAGGGCAACUUGACACUGGGCGGCAUCCUAAUCUUCAUCCGCCACGGAGACAGAGGACCUCUAACUCAUAUACGAAACAUAAGCAGCGUAAACUGUGGCGGUGAUUUCGGCGGUGCUACAGAGUUGGAAACCAUGUACGAGAAUUAUGUCAAUUUAGUACAAAAUGUAUCCAGCUACUCGAGAACUGCGUGGGCUCAAUUUCUGGGUCCGUUUCACGGUAUGCCUAUACUACCGACAAACACACGCGACUGUAAAAUCGGUCAGUUGACCACGCUCGGCGUCCUGCAGCUGUUGAAAACCGGGAUUCUCCUGAGAAACGCGUAUUAUCACAAGCUUAAUCUCGGCAACGGCACCACCUACAACAAAGAUGUCAUUGUUUAUAGCACAUCCUACCGCAGGACUGUGCAAAGCGUGAUCGCUUUGCUCUACGCAUUUUUUGAGAACGACGGUUUUCAGAACUUGGUGAGGAUCAGUCUGCAGGAAAGCCAAAGUUACACAUUCUGCAAUAACGAAUGCGCCUGUCCUGCGACGGAAAAAUUCUUGAAGCAGCAUUUGAAGGAGACCUCGAAUCAUCUGAAAUCUCAUCCGGCCAUCGGUGAGCUAAUCAGACAGGCAGCGAGCGCCGUGUUUGAACUUCCGGAUCAGGCGCAAACGUGCGAUCCAAACACGCUGAGGGACGCGCUGUUGACAUACGUAUGCCACGGUGCUCCGCUACCAUGUGCAGAACUCGACUCGCAGCGAAUAUGCGUGAAAAGCGAACAUGUAACCGGGCUCUUCGCUUAUACAGACUGGCAAUCCAAACAGAUCGCCAAGAGCAACAGUCACAAUAAAUACGGGUUGCUAAAGGCUUACGGGAUGCUACGCAGUAUCGUUAACUUUAUGUUGCGCGUCAUCUCUGAAGCCCGGCCGAAGAUUGCUCUUUACUCCGGCCACGACAAGUCCCUGGAGUAUCUCGCCACGGCGUUCGGCAUCGUGCCGGAUGUGGCGACAUAUUACGCUUCCCGACUCAUCAUCGAGAUCUAUAAGAUCAAUUCGCGGAACGACAAUCGCCUCGCCAGCGACUUCUAUUUCCGCGUUGUCGCCAACGGCCGGGACGUCACGCCGAGAAUUCCGUUCUGCAGAAAUGCCAAUAGCUAUUUUGGCGAUGAACAGACAGGAAAAAAAAGCAUCAAACUGUGUCCGAUAGAGAACAUUGUCAGACAACUGCAUGAUGAUUAUUUCGUGCCGUUCAACGCGACGAAUUUUAAAGAUGCCUGUUCGAAUCACAAGAUCCGUUGAAAUUAAUCAAUUCAAAGGAUUCUGCAGAAAUCGACGAGUUAAAAGGAAUUGAGAGAAGAUCAUCUUUUUGUAAUAGAAAAUUUACCUUCAAAGUUAGAAUUAUAAGAGGUUUCAACGGUUUUUGAAUAUUUCUUUUUAAUCCAUUUUCACUCUUAAUAUACUAUAUACAGAAGCACGUACUAUUUAACUAUAUAUAUAUUACAUAAAGAAAAAAAUUAACUGAUGAUUUAAUUUUAGAUCGGGAAUUAAUCUUUCCUUAAUCCGAAAUGGAUCCGUCUAGGAAUAUAAAUUGAUGAAUAAAAGAGCCCUAUAAAAAGAUAUGGAAAGAGUUAGAUAGUCUAUAGAAGCGUUCGUGUUCUCAUCAAAAUAAAUUCUUAUCUCAGUUCUUUUUAAUUCAUCUAUAUAUACAUAUUAUUUUGAUAGAAAAACAAGUCUACAUAUUUAAACGGAUCAAACAUUUCGACUUGCAUUAUACGCAUUAUAAAUAAGGUAAUAAGUCGCUGUGAAAGUAAUUAUGAAUAUUAUAUAAAAGAAUAUAUUGUGAAAAGACACAUCAUAACUAAAGAAAUCCUUUAAGAAAUUUUCCUACUAAAUUUUUCUUAUAUUAUGCAUGACAGAAAUGCAGUUUUUUGCCUUAAAACAAAAAAAAAAGAAAAAAAAUACAGGAAAGUAUUCUACUUUUAGUCUGCUAUUACAACGAUCAUAUGUGAAACUAUCUGUUUACCAUAUUCAAUGAGAUAUUUGCGGCUCAGAUUUUUCACAUUUCGCUAUAUCAACGCACACAUAUCAGAAACCAUAAAAUUAUCCAAAAAUUAAAAAAAUCUAAACAACAAGUGCAUAAGUUGGCAUUUUAACACGAAGCAAGCCUUAUCUCUUUAUAGAUUACAUUUCUAAACUUUUAAAUUAACGUAUCUUUUUAAAUAAAUCAAGAAACGAUAGAGCACUAUAUAUAAUAAACCGAUUAG